AUGCUGCUGCCCAGGUCCAGAGUGUCUCAUGGGUCCUACCGUACGGCCUCCCAUUGCUGCUGUCUCUAUCGCCACACUCUGCAUGUGCCACUUUUCAGGUCUCCUCACACUGUGGUGGGGUUCAAUUUUGUCAUAGGGUGCUGGCAGAUUACGGGCCUCCCAUUGCUGCUGCCAGGGCCCGUAAUCUGCCAUGGGCCCCCCCUGUACCGCCUCCUCAUGCUGCUGCCAGGUUCCAGUGUGUCUCAUGGGUCCCUGUACGGCCUCCCAUUGCUGCUGUCUCCAUCGCCACACUCUGCAUGUGCCACUUGUCAGGUCUCCCUCACACCUGCUGGAGUGGGUUCCAUUUUGUCA